GGAGGCGGGCUCGUAGGACGGAGAAAGCGGCCAUACUUGUACUUCCUGCUCCGGGGGAAAAGAGAGAAGCAAUCAAGACAGGCUUUCAAAAAUAUACACACAUAGCAAAAAGCUACAGACACACCAUUGCAACAGGGAGAGGUCCCGACAGAGCCAUGGCGGAUGGGAGGAUCUAUGUGGGGAACCUUCCGACGGACGUGCAGGAGAGGGACAUAGAGGACCUCUUCUUCAAAUACGGGAAGAUCCGAGACAUCGAGCUGAAGAACAACCGGGGCACGAUCCCCUUCGCCUUCGUCCGUUUUGAGGAUCCGCGGGAUGCCGAAGAUGCAGUCUACGGGCGGAACGGCUACGGAUUUGGGGACUGCAAGCUGCGCGUGGAGUACCCCCGGUCCUCGGCCUCGAAAUUUAGUGGCCCCAUGGGAGGAGGCCCCAGAGGAAGAUUUGGGCCCCCGACGCGGAGGUCUGAGUUUCGGGUCAUAGUGACUGGCCUACCCCCCACCGGAAGCUGGCAGGACCUGAAGGAUCACAUGAGGGAGGCGGGGGACGUGUGCUUCGCGGACGUCCAGCAGGACGGGGAGGGCGUGGUGGAGUUCCUGCGGAGAGAGGAUAUGGAGUACGCUCUCCGUCGCCUCGACAGGACCGAGUUCCGGUCGCACCAGGGCGAGACGGCGUACAUACGCGUCCACGAGGAGCGGGGCUCCAGCUGGGGCCGUUCGCGGUCCCGGUCCAGGUCCCGCGGGCGAUACUCGCCGCCCUACCAAAGCCGCGGAUCCCCGCCCCCUCGCUACCAGUCGGCCCCCCGCCACUCGUUGUCCCGCCAUAGCCCCCCCUUGUCCCGCCAUAGCCCCCCCUCGCGGCUCCCGCCACAGCACAGCCCGCCCCCCCGCCACUAUCGGUAAACUCCAGGAAGAGGAACCCAGAACCGGAGGUUGCUUUUUUUUUUUCCCCCCGCCCCCCCGUGUGUGUGUGUGCGUGCGUGUUACGAUUUUUAAAUUUCUUUUUUAGAUUUUUUUUUUUUUUCCCCCGUUUGUUUUGUUUAAAUUUUAUUUCGGUCUGUAAUAUACAUUCCAUUAUCAGGACUGUCCUCAAAGGUUUUUUAUUUUUAUUUUU